CAUGAGCUCGUGGGUUAGUCUCAGAGAUCCAUCCGGUCUGCCUUCACAUCCACUCAUAUCCAUCUGUGGAACUGACUGAACCUCUUCUUCCUCCAGACCAGCAUCAUUUCAGCGCCUUCGACGAGAUCAAGCCAUGGCUGUUACCGGCUGCUCUCAGUGCAUCAAAUAUAUGCUUUUCUUCUUAAACUUCAUUUUCUGGCUGGCUGGUGGUGUGAUUCUGGGUGUAGCUCUGUGGCUUCGCCAUGAUAGUCAAACCAGCAGCCUCCUAAUGCUCCAGUUUGAGGGGACUCAAGCACCAGGAACCUUUUAUAUCAGUGUGUAUGUUCUCAUAGCGAUUGGCGCUGUAAUGAUGUUCGUGGGAUUCCUCGGCUGUUAUGGAGCUAUUCAGGAAUCUCAGUGUCUCUUAGGAACGUUCUUCACAUGUUUAGUGAUCCUCUUCGCCUGUGAGGUGGCAGCAGGGAUAUGGGGCUUUAUUAACCGGGACACAAUCUCCACUGAGCUCAUUAACUUCUAUGAUGUUGCAUACAUUAAAGCUGUGGAUCCUGUGGAGUCGCCAACCAGACAGGCAGCUUCCAAAGUUCUGGAGGUCUUCCAUGACACACUUGAGUGCUGUGGUAAAGGGGAUGAUAAUGAACUUUUCACAGCUGUCCAGGUCUCUCUGUGUCCCAAGAAGACCAACCCAGUUGACCUGCUCAUCUCUCAGAGUUGCCACACAAAGCUAAGGGACCUGUUCUCUGAGAAGCUCCAUGUCAUUGGAUUGGCCGCCCUAGUGAUUGCUGUCAUUAUGGUCUUUGAGAUGAUUUUCACCAUGGUCCUCUGCUGCGCCAUCCGCAACACUCCUGCGUACUGAGAUGCUGGAUGAUGACCAACAAUGUUGGAUUUUUCCUAGUGAUGGGCAGGAGGCCAUUUCACUUUUGCAUUCCCUCUCUUUUUGAGUUCAGAUGUCCAAACAUUGAACAUUGAUCCCAAAGUUUGUAGAGAGGACUUCCUAUGUGAAUGCACCAGAAUACACACCGAAUGCUAUAAUAAAUAAACCAAUAACUGAUAUCAGGGAAUAAUGUGAUUGACAGUAAUAUGGAUAACAUUGCUAUUAUGUUGUAUUGUUUUACUUUUAUUUAAUCGGUUUAUUAGAUUUUCUCUUACAUUGCUUUUAUUUUCAUCCUUUUAGUAGUAAAAGUGCUUCAAUGCACUUACAGUUUAGUGUGUGUGUGUGUGUGUUUGUCAAGUAAAACAAUGUGAUGUUUAAAGAGAGUUAACCUACGAAUCUGUUAUGCAACAAGUACAUUUGUGUCUUGCAACAGACAUUGGAUUUCAUUAGUCCUUAAAGGAUUAGUUCACUUUCAAAAAAAUUUUUCCUGAUAAUUUACUCACCCCGAUGUCAUCCAAGAUGUUCAUGUCUUUCUU